UCCACUCCACAGUCUAGAGUCCAGAUCGUCCCCUCCUCCCGGCGUACGUUAGCCGACAUCAGUCGUCACCUGCUUCACCUCUCCCCAUUUUCCGGCUUUUAUAGCCUUAAAAGAUGAGAAAAAAAAUAAUUUCUUAUUCUAGUGAGAGAAGAUAGAGAGAGAAGGAGAGAGCGUUUUACAGCUUUUGAAUCCAAUUCUAGUUCUAGUCCAGUAAAUUGGUACUGCUAGGUUGCGCGCGCGCGUGUGAGCGAGGUUUGACUUUGUUGACUGAUUGUCAGAUCAACGGCCCAAAAGGUUAUGUUUUCAGGUUCCAAUAAAUGGGGAGGUAAAUUCGUUGCUUGUCUUGGUGUUUUUUGUGUGAAAUUGGUUACUGAAGUGACUGUUGCAAAGUGGUAUAACUCUUCGUUUUCCAGAUCUGCACUUGUUUGAGAUACAGUGACAGUAGUAUGGGUGUCUCUGGGAAAUGGAUUAAAGCAUUGGUUGGUUUAAAGAAGUCAGAAAAGUCACAAUCUCAAGAGAGGGAUGACAAUAGGACAGCUACUAGUAAGUUCCGGCAGAGAAGAAAGCAUUCAGUUGAUUUUGAUGCUGAUAAACUUCAAGAGGAGUUUAAAGAUAAUGUUGCUGAACCAGUUGGUGAUGCCAACCAUUCUGUCCCGGAUGCUUCUGAAUCCCCUUCUGCUUCCCUUCAAGUACAGGAUGUAGCUCACAAUCAAAAAGCUUUGAGAGAAGAAUGGGCUGCCACACGCAUCCAAACUGCUUUUCGAGGAUUUCUGGCUAGAAGAGCUUUACGAGCAUUAAAAGGAUUAGUUAGACUACAAGCACUUGUAAGAGGUCACGCUGUGAGAAAGCAGGCUGCAAUAACUCUUCGCUGCAUGCAAGCUUUAGUAAGAGUUCAGGCACGUGUUCGAGCAAGGCGUGUUCGCAUAGCAUUAGAAAAUCAAACAGCUCAACAAAAACUUCAGCUACAACUUGCAAAUGAGGCUCGGGUUCGAGAAAUAGAGGAAGGCUGGUGCGACAUUGUAGGAUCUGUUGAACAAAUUCAAGCCAAAUUGCUAAAGAGGCAGGAGGCAGCUGCAAAGCGUGAGAGGGCCAUGGCAUAUGCUCUGGCUCAUCAGUGGCAGGCGGGAUCAAGACAGCAGGCGGCUCCUCCUGGGUUUGAACCAGAUAAAAGUAGUUGGGGAUGGAACUGGUUGGAGAGAUGGAUGGCUGUCCGACCAUGGGAGAAUCGGUUUCUUGACAUAAAUCUGAAAGAUGGGGUGAUGAUUCGUGAAAAUGGAAUGCCUGAUUGUAAGAAUGGCGCCAAACCGCAGUUAAAGUCUUCUGGAAAGAAACCAGUUGUUUCUAGUCUGCAGUCAAACCUUUCAAGUCAGAAAAUAGGCCCUUCCAAUUCUGAUGGCAGUAGUACUUCUCCUAGCAAGCUAGAGGCAUCAAACACAGUUUUUGCUAAGCCAAAGGGGAAGCCAGUUCUUGAAGAUCUGGUUGAAGAAGCCAACUCAAGACCUGGCCUUGCUCAAAGAUCUCACAGCAAUCCAAAAGAGAGGCCAAUACAACCAGAUAAACCUACAAAGAAGAGGUUGUCUCUGCCUAAUAGUGGGGGAGGUGCUGGGAGUCAAGCAGCUCGGCAUGGCAGAAUUGCUGGUAAAGGGACACCAGUUUCUCAUAAACCUGCGAGGGACAAGUCGAAGUUAAACGAAAAAGUCGACUCAAACACCACUAAAUCUGUUGCGCAAGCUGUUGAUGUGUAGUUUGGAUGAAUCCAAGGACGAUGCGUUAUGUAGGCUACACGCCAUUGAUGCUGCUGUGUCAAUUUGUAUAUAUAGGUGCCACAUUGUGAAAGGAUGCAAAAAUCAGAUUGGCUUCAUUCGUCCCUUAAAAUUCGAAGUUGGUUUUUGAUAUGGGAGAAGUUGAGGGAGUUGGCUUUGGGUUGUGUGGGAAAAUAAGAUAGAAGCAGGUUUGGUAUGUUGUUACUAUUGUAGUAAUUUAUUGUUGUUAAUUAUGUGAUUAUGUGAUACUCGGAUCAUAUUAUUGUUGCUGGUUUUUAAUGAGUGUAAACUUACAAUUAUUAAGAUUCAUUGAAUAGGAUUAUUUAUUUUCAA